GGAGCUUGCUGGGGGGUCAUUUAGGCCCCGUGUCUCUCCCUCUGGGGAGGAGGAUUUGCUGCACUGCUGUAGCCUUCAGUGUAGCUGCUUCCUAUGCCAAUAGGAGGUGUUCUGUUGCUGCAGUUAAUCCACCUCUCUGAGGAGUUGUCUACUGUAGGGACAAAGCUGCAUCAUUGAAGAUGCUUAAGCUACCUGUGUAGAUGGGGAGAGUGUCUUCUGUUGGCAAAGUUUAUGUUCCUUUCAUAUAUGGUGUGAGAAUCAGCUAUACAAUAUCAUUCCUCACUUUGUGAGGCUAAGAAGAUUGCUGGGUAGUGUACUGAAAGAAUCUACAGUACUUUAUGUGAUAAAGUACAAGAGAACAGGAAUGGAUUCAAAGAAAGAGGCUUUGUUGGGAUCAUCCAACUUGAUACAUACAAUAGUAAAAGCUCUACAUGAAAGCUGAGGACCAAUGAAAUGUAAAUGGAGUAUAAUCAAGACAUACAGAUUAGGACAAGUAAAAGCAGACAACCUGACCAUCUGAAAAAACAAGUGAAUAACGUAUUAUUAGAUAACUUUGACUAUCCUGAGGAUGCAACUGAUGAGGAGCAAGAAGACUUACCUUAUGAUGGAGACCUAGAAAGAACUUAUCACCACAAUAAUGAAUCAAAUAAUUUGAAAGCCUGUGUUUCUGUAGAAAACAUUUCUGAUAAUUUCUUAAAUUUGACCUGUUCUGAAAUUAACAGAAGUUUAAAAGAAGAAAUAAAUUAUGAAACACAACAGCUAUCUCAAGAGAAGGUCUUCAGCCACCGUACGCCCACCACAAGAACAAAUGGAAUAAUGAUUGAAAUGGCAAUAGAAGCUCCUGUGAGUGGCAUGCCUUUGGAGACAGAAUUAUCAGUUGGAGCUUUUAGCAGCCUAGAUAGGAAGGAACAUUUCACCAACUCAAACAUUUCUGAUGUUCUUUUGCGUCAUUUUUCCAAAGAAGAGUUAUCAAACACAAGCCAAUUAAUUGAUUGUGAAACUAUCCCAGAAACUUCCUUUACAGAAAGUGUUGAUGAAACUGUCCUCACUAAAACUAGGAUUUCAGAAUGCAUCAAGCCCACUUUACUAACAGAACAGUGGGCAAAGCAUUUUGAAGACUAUCAUUUAAACAGACAAGAAGAAAUAUCUGAAGAUGAUUACGAAGAUAAAAAUUUGCUAGAUGAAAAUAAAUUUGUUAUAGAUGACAGAGCUACUUCUUAUGGUGAUGAGAAAGACUGCAUACAAGAAAAUUCACAGUUGAUAGCUGAAAAUGAAGAUACAAAUAAUUGCAAAAACAUAAGAAAUAAUCACAGUCACCAAAAAGAUUUGUUUGAAAGAACAGGUUCAUCUCAUGAACUCAAAUAUGGUCAAGGCCAAGUUAAUUAUUGUCUUCCUGACUUCUCUAAAGUUCCUCCAAAAGUCAAAAUACCAAAAAGAAAUAACAGUGAUAAAUCAGCUCCCAUAAUGAAAAGAACCAAAUUCUCGCCUAAUUUGGUUGGUAAAUCAGCAAUUGUGAAUGAUGUUUUAGAAACUAUGAAUUAUUUUGAUUCUGUUGAAAUAAAGAAUCAAGAAGAAGAAAUGAGAAUUCCUGAACUUUUACAACAGCUAGAGUUGCUGACAAAACAUGCUGAGGCUCAGAAUCGUAUUGAUCAUUUGAGGUUUGAUCCUAAGAUAUAUACUCAUUCAGCUUCUCCUAAUCCAAACCUUUCCAUUCACUCAAGAUGUAUGGGUGCAGCUUCUGAAGAGUCUGUAUUUCAUCCCCUUACUGUUCCUAUCCAGCCUCUGCUUGGUUUGUCCAAAGCAUCUUUUUCAGGAUUACAAUCUGGGAGAAUUAUUUCAUCAUUACCGUCAGCCAGUUCAGCAGGAGAAGUACACUGUUUAAAUCCUAACUUGAUGCAAAAUACAACAAAAGGAGAAAAGAUGUCUCAAAUGCUAAAGGAGCAGGCAGAGCAACUGAAAGCUAAAGUGGAAGAAUUUUCUAAAUGUGUAAUACAGGAGGCCUUCCCUUUGCAAGAUCGCUGUCUGGUAUUAAAGGAACUAAAAGGAUACCUUGACACAUUGGAACGGAAAUAUUUAGCCACUAAGGAGGAGCAUCGUGGUUUACAGCUACAGAACUACAAUCACAAAUCCAUAAGUGUUGGCGAGUUUGAUCCUGACAGAAAGGUGGAGGGGGAAAUAUUUAGGCUUGGUAUGCUGCUUGAAGAUGUCAAAGAGAAAAUUGAUGACAAUAUAUGUAGUCCAUGUCCAUCUUCAUUCACAACAUCUCCUACGUCUCCUUUGCUCACUCCAUGUGAAUCUGUGUGUUCAUCCUGUUCUUGUCUUCGUGAGAGCCCUGUGGUUUCAAGCGUUAGUGAUCCUCCAGAAAGGUCUGCUACUGAAGUGAAUUUUCAUAAUAAUGAAAGGAACAAGGGAGAGAAUAGAAGUCAUGCAAUUGAUGUGAUCCCAAAGAAAACCAGUCAGCUUUCUUUACAGAAUGACAAUUGUGAUCCUUUUCCUGAAAUCCAAUUGGGAUUACAAAAAAGAGAUGCAUGUGCCUUUGUAAAAGGAAUGGAGCCCCUGGAAAAAGCAGGACUGCUAGCAAAUAAGCACUCUUCAGAUGUAAUGCAGUGUUUCCUUCCACAUGAGGCAGACAAUGAGCCUGGAGGCCUGGAAUCCCAUAGGCAGCUUAUAUUAAGUCAAAAACGUAAUACUGAUCAAGAAAACCCAAAAGGGAGUUUAAACUUUUGGCAAAUGAAGUCUCCAUCCAAAACCAAGCCUUACAAUACGUGCAAUUUGGAACACAAAAUUAUUAAUCUAAAUGUGCGGCAAGAGCAAGGCAAUUUAGCACAUCCCUCAGAUCAUUGUUUUUGUGGAAGGGUAGAAAACUGUUCAAAUGCACAUGAUGCUGCUCUGUAUCCAAAAUGGAAAAUACACUGGUCAAAAAAUGCAAACAAAGAACUUUGUUCCUGUUCUGUCAAUAGAAAUAAAAAGACAGAGGACAGAAAAACUGAUAGUGAAAAGUCAAAAUGUGGAAGGUAUGCAGUCUUCAUUCAGGAAAAAGCAGUGGAGCUAGAUUUGUCAAGUACUAACCUUUGCAGUGAUUCAGAAGACAUCUCAUUCUGUGAUUCCUUUCAUGAGUCACACAGUGAUGAAUUUCUGGAACACCGGACUAAAAAUUAUAAAUCACGUAGAGCAGGAUUAAAGGAACAAAGCAAAGGUCUCAGCUGGAGGUGCAACAGGGGAAACAGAGAUUGGUUUAAACUUGGGAAUUAUAAAGAAUUUGUUCAGUCCUGCACCUUAUGUAGAAAUAAAAACCUCAGUUCAACUCCCUUACAAUACAGGGAUUGGAAUAUAAAUUUCUGCACUCGUUGUCAAAGAAACAAAUGCAGCAGGGAAUCUGACAAGAAUAAUAUUGCUUCUUCACAGAAGAAAAGAAUUGCCACCAAUAGUGUUUGUACAAGUAAGCAGCCAGAUCAAUUUGUAUACAGGCUUUCUGACAAAGACAACUUGGAGACUCCCAAAACCUGCUACUCAAGUAUGGAUGAUACAAUUAUCUUUUCACCUCAACACCUAGCCAGCAGGAAGGAUUAUGGAAGUAAAUCAAUUAUCAAUAUUAGAAACAGACACACCAGUUAUACUGACACAAAGAUUUUAAACUCUACUUUGGAUCAUGCAAUACAGACUGCAACCAGUUUGAAGGAAACUACAGAACGAAUGGUACAAGUUGUUGCAGAAGAUCUAGCUAAAGUCAAAACUCAUCGAACUAUGACACUGAUUACCUUUCCAAGACCUGAAGAAGAGCUCUCUGCAGUUCGAAAGCUUGUCUCUUUUACUAACAAAGGCUUGUUCGACAACAAAAUAUCAUCUCACCCACCUGGCCUCAGAAAAUUUCCAGGCAAGUCUGACCGAUUAGACAUUUCAGGAAAACAAAGAAAAUUAGACACAUUUUUCACAGUUGUGUAGUAGAAUAUCUUUUGACUCAAAUUACAAUUGGGUGAAUUACAAGGGGAAGUCACGAUUACGUAAAGAAUUGACGAAGUGUACUACACCAUAGAUACAAAUCUAAAACCUACAGUUAUCACAAAAGGGAAAAGUAAAUACAAGUGAGAAAAUUUGAGAUACACCUGGGCUAUAUAUCUACACUUAUAUGAGAAAAGCUUGAAAAUUCUGAAUGCGAAUGAUCCAGUUAAACCUUUCCCAAAAAAGGGUUCAUCUCCUUUAUGUCAAACAAACAUCACUGUCCUUCUCAAUACCUAACUCUAAAUAGCACCAUGAUGAAUAUUGGCCAAUACUGAAAAAGACUGUUGGACAUUGUGGUACAGCUGCUGGAGGACUUUUAGGUCACAGAGUCUCUAUAUUUGCACUGCAUUGACCUCAGUAGGUCAGCAAACUUCUAAUGCCCCAAGACACCCAACUUCAAAUCUGCCACUAGCCAGAAAAUUGUGACCCUACCUAUCAGACAGAGACCUGCCUACAAUGAUCAAUAUUUGUGACAUCCAACAUUGAUUAUUGCAACUCACAUCUGAAUCCACACAUUGAAAAAAGCUUUAACCGGUACUAUGCAAAGAUUCACUGAAUAUAUAAACACACACCCCUCCACUAGACUCUCCAUGCUAGCUGUCCACUCUGAUAUUCGAAGACUUCCAUGGGACUGGCCUUAGCUA